AUGACCCUUGAUACUUCGCCCACGCCAUUGCCCGCAGGCCAGCGAAGGACGGCUUACAAUCCGCAAUUGACUUCGAUACACGACCUCCAUCGCAGAACCGUAUCAAGGCAUAUGGUCUCCCACGGAUCACCAAAUGGCGUGCCUGUAGAAUCUGGGACGAGGUCUGAGGACAUGGCGCGCCCUAGAGCAUUCUCAGCGGGUGAUAGCUCGGAUGAUGACGACUUCCCCGAACCGAUUAAAUUCAGUGCUGCCGCGAAAGCGUUGCUAGAGGAGGGUGUGUCGGGGUUAGAUACGUCGCCGAGACGGAGCCCACGGGGUGUGAUAGAAGGCGAAGGAUAUCAAACGGAUCAAGUGCGACGACAGCAGGGGAAACAUGUCAGAAUUGCAUCGCCAGGACAGCGGAUGAGCGCGAGUCCGUCGUUAAGGAUAGUUCGUCUUGCUUCUGAGUCUCGACGCUCGCCCAGCUCAUUAGGAAAGGAAUCUUCGUUUAUGUCGAAUAGAGGAGAGGGUGGAUAUGACGGGUCAAUGGGAACUGGGAAUGAUUUCGUCACCCCAGCACCAAGGACAAGGAGUGUGAGGAUCGCGACCGGCUCAAGGAGUACGACCCGUUCAACGUCUGCAUCGAUUCUAUCAGCCAAUGGGGGCUCCUCCAGUGAUGCUAGCCGGAUUGAUGAGAGGUCGUUAUUAGAGGAAGGAGUGAAAACAGGCCUUGAUGAACGAAGCUGUGUGCGAAGCGGAAUGGGUACCGUGCCCCGGGUAAGGGGGGAAGUUGACACUGGAGUACACGGCUCUCUACGAGUGAAGCGAGUGGGUAAACUGCCAGGGUCUUUUCUUAACGGACCGGCCAGGAGAGGCGUGCCACGGCGGCAGAGCGAGGAAGAGACGCAUCCAGAAUACCAAGAAGAAUCGUAUCUCAAUCCUGAACCUCACGCCAGAUACGGAGAAGGGCAGGUGCCAAUUUCGCGCCUGGGAGAUUCGAUGCUACGUGGCGAUGCGCCUUUUGAAAGACGGCGGGAAUCGCCACGGCUCUCAGAUCAUAACAUGGUUGGCUCGGCGUCAGCGAUGACCCCUCGAUCCAUACCAAUCAGAGAACGAUCGCAUCAAAAGGAAAACGGCAGCAGUGCCUUGAAGAACGGCUCUCCCCUACCCCUAAACCAUCUCAAGUCCUCGUCUGGGUCUCGCCAUAGUGGCUCACCUAAAUCAUUUACUGAUAGCCAACCAGAGUAUCGCGCUCCCCGGCCCGUCGAGUUACCAGCCAAAAAUGACCAGGAAAAUGGCGCGCCGUCUACGUUCAAAACCUCAAGACCUCAUGGUUUCGGAUCAUUAAACGACAAAGUGUCGGUUUUGUAUGAGGGGAACAAGAGUAGCAACAGCAAGCCCCCACCGGAGACAGUAUCCCCACGAAAGCCGCUAGGAAAGAUGAGCAAUAAUACUCCUCGCCGGCCUGCGCCGCUCCCACCACCUAAAAUGAGUGUGUUGGAAACAGCUACUGCUGUUGCAGGCGCCGCCACAUCCAAAAAAAAGCGAGCACAAGUAUCCGUCAAUCGCAAAACCUAUACACGAAUGGAUUGUAUUGGACGUGGCGGAAGUUCCAGAGUUUAUCGCGUGAUGGCGGAGAAUUGUAAGAUAUUUGCGCUUAAACGGGUGAACCUUGAGGACGUUGAUCCCUCAGCUUUGAUUGGAUAUAAAGGGGAGAUCGAUCUUUUGAAAAAGCUACGCAAUGUCGAGCGUGUUGUUCAGCUCUAUGACUGGGAGAUUAACGAAGAAAAGCGCGCCUUGAGCGUUCUGAUGGAGAUGGGAGAGUCGGAUCUUCACGAAAUCCUCAAGUUUAAACUAAAUGCCGAAGACGCUGCUUUUGAUCCGGUCCUCACCCGAUUCUACUGGAAGGAGAUGCUCGAAUGCGUCCAAGCUGUGCAUGAUUUUGACAUCGUUCACUCUGAUCUCAAGCCUGCCAAUUUCCUUCUCGUCCGAGGCAAACUGAAACUUAUUGAUUUUGGGAUCGCGAAUACAAUUCAGGACCAUACGGUCAAUGUACAUCGCGAACAGCAAACAGGAACCCCGAAUUACAUGGCCCCCGAAGCACUCAUUGAUUGCAACGCAAUGUCGGGUCUACCCGCCACUGCUGGCAAGAUGAUGAAGUUGGGGAAGCCGAGCGACGUGUGGAGCCUUGGAUGUAUACUGUAUUUGAUGGUCUAUGGGAAACCUCCUUUUGCACAUAUCACGAAACUCCUCGAACGGAUCAUGUCGAUUCCCAAUCCGAAAGUGCCCAUCAAUUAUCCUCCUGUUGGAGUGGGAAAUAUUCCCGUCCCACCAUCAAUAUUGCGAACUUUGAAGGGUUGUUUACAGCGCGACCAAACGUUACGGCCUACAAUAAAGCAGUUGCUCGGCCGCAAUGAUCCAUUUUUAUACCCGGAGGCGCAUCUCCAAGGCACAGUGCCCAUAUCACAGGAGAUGCUAGGUAGGAUAUUAAGCAAUGUGGUUAAUCAUUGUCGUGCUCGGGGAACCCCAACGGAUGAAGAACUAGCAGGUUGGCCGUCGGGAUUCUUUGCGAAGAUCCAAGCUGCCAUGCAAGCCGACGGGUGA